AUGUCGAGCACGCCGUCGCCGCAGCGCACAAACACGCUGGUGAUCACGCGCGUCCCUCCUCGCUUCUUCGAGCCUCUCAUCCAGGGCGCUCUAAGGAGUCACUUCGAGGCUUACGGGCCUUUGCAUACAUGGGCACCCAUCAAGGGCCUCGCCCGCAUCUUCCUCGUCUACUACUCCGACGAGGAUGCGGAGAUCGCCAAGGAGAGCAACGACGGGCUCGUCCUUGGUGAGAUGCAGGACCAUCCUGAAGUGGUGCUACGCGUCUACCGCGCGGAUCCCACACCCAUCGAGUCGGAUGAAACGCAAGAGCAUAACCACUAUCUCCGCCCACCAGCGAACGAGAAGAACUUCCUCAUCUCGCCGCCGGGCUCGCCACCCGUUGGGUGGGAGCAGCUCCGCGAGGAUCCCCCUAACUCCACGCCUCUCGCACACGAUCUCAUCACUGCGCUGAAGAAGCUCGAGAUCCAGGCCGAGCAGGAGAGGCGAGGGCCGGGCCCCGAGGUGCUCCUCGAGCCCGAGGAGGGCGUGGGCAUCAGCGUGUUCGUCGAGGACUGCGAUGCCGUAGAGACUGCCCCCCAGGAUGACGUCGGCGACGAUUGGGUUUAUGGCGAUACCGCGCCGUCCCGACAACGGUGGCGACCGACUCCGACAUCCAUGCCCCCGACCUCGAUGCCCGUAUCCGCGAGGGGCUGA